AUGUAUGAUUUACAUGUUUUAAUUUGUUUUGGUAUUACUGGGAUUAAAACACACGCUGCUGAGGUGAAACAAUGUUUUAUCAAGCUUCCUACUAGAAAUCAAAUACUCGUCUGCUGCGAUGGUGCAUCUAAAGGAAAUCCUGUGAGUGCUAGUUUUGGGUUUGUGGCAAGGAAUGAGAUUAGUGAUUGUACGGGUGCAUCAUCUAGAGGUUUGAGGAUAACUACAAAUUAUCUGGCUAAGAUGAUGGUAUUGGUGGUAGCAGGUGAGUGGGAAGUCAAGAAAGAGUAUGUGGAGGUAUGCUUCAGUCUAGAUUCUAAGGCAGUAUUGAAGGCAUUUAGUAAUGGAAAAAUUCCUUGGAUUGUAGAGACUAGAUGGAAUAAUAUUAAGAGGAACAUUACUAACAUCAUAUUCAGACACUCUUACAGGGAGAUUAACUUUUCUGCAGAUAGGAUGGCCAAGAAUGGAGUGCUCCUAGCAAGAGGAACUGUACUUUUCUAUGAGGAAAAACCUGGAUUCUUGGGAGGAUUGUAG